AUGAGCUCUUCACCUUCUACGAUGUCUGCUGCCCCAGCUAGUUCUUCACUCGUUGGGGCUGGAAAUACUAAAGGAACACAACCCAAACCUGACUCGCAAGACAUCAGUUUCGCUGAUGAUCUUGGCAAUGAAAUUGUCCUCAUCACUAUUGGCGUUGCACCCAAUCAAGAGAUAUUCCCUAUACACAAAACUCUACUAUGCAGCAGAUCCACCUUCUUCGAUCGCAUGUUCAAUGGAGGCUUCCGCGAGGCUUCGACACAGAGUGCUAGUCUACCUGAGGAUAAUAUUGAUGCCUUCAAGGUAUACGUUACUUGGCUUUAUCGUAACAUCAUCGAAGUCCCCAAAAAGGCGCCGAUUGCUCCUGUGCUGAUUCGGCUCUUCGCUUUCGCGGAGAAGUAUUGCCUUGAGGAGCUGGUUGAUAACACAAUGGACUAUUUGGUCGGGCACCUUCACGACAAGAAUGCUAUACCUUGGCUGGAUCUGAUGGUGUCAUCAUAUGCCAGUACCCAUACUAAGUCGAAGUUGAGGAUUUUAAUGAGUCGAAUCAACCUCUAUGUUGCUCUGAGAUACACCGAUGCAAAAUGGGAAGCUUUCAAUACUGAUACAGUGAUUCCCUUCCUGAUCAGAUGCCCAGAUCUUACGACUGAUAUGUUUCGACUGAUCAAAGGUUCUUCUGGCAAGAAGGCGGUAGAUCCAAGGUCUUUUAGUUGUGAAUAUCAUCAACACAGCAGCACAAAGCCAUGUCCUUAUGGUGGCAAGAGCAGCGUCGACUCGCGAGGAUAA